AUGGCCACAAACGGCACCAAGGACGGCGAGUAUCGCCAGUUCCUCCCAGACCUGAGCCACCCUCGCUUCACGACAAUGCAGAAGCAGGAUGCGCACGAAUACGCCAAAGAAUUCAUCCAGGGGGGCAACCCGCCAUGGCUCCACGGGCUGUACCUCCACUGGCGCGCCCUCUUCCAGGAGCCCUUCCGCGGCAUCACCAGCGACGGCACGGUGCGCACGGGCCUGUUCAAGCCGCAGGACGAAGGCGUCCCGAUCCAAGACAUCACCGCCGCGGCGAACGCCGUCCUGGCCCAGCUCACGCCGGAGCAGGCCGCCGUCACCAGCUACCACAUCGACUCGCCCGAGUGGCGGUCCUGGUCCAACCCGGAGUUCCUGCUCAGCGACAAGGGCGUGCGCCUGGACGAGGUGACGCCCGAGCUGCGACAGGCCGUCCUGCGCGUGCUGGAAACGACGCUCAGCCCGGAGGGCUACCAAAAGGCGCUCGGGGCCAUGCGCAUCAACGGCUUCCUGGGGGAGCUGGUGCGCGCCCCGAGGAUCUGCAACGAGCACUCGUACAACUUUGUCCUGUUCGGCACGCCGUCCACCACCGGCCCCUGGGGCUUUUCCCUGUACGGGCACCACCUCUGCCUCAACGUCCUCCUGCACCGGACCCAGAUGGUGAUCUCGCCCUGGUUCACGGGCGCCGAGCCCAACGUCGUCGACGACGGGCCGCACGCCGGCACCCGCAUCCUGCAGGCCGAGGAGGAGCUCGGUCUGGAGCUGAUGCAGUCGCUGCCGCCGCCGACGCAGCAGGCCGCGCAAGUGUACAAGCUCCUCCGCGACCCGGCCAUGCCGCGCGGGCGUUGGAACCACGACGACCAGCGCCACCUGUGCGGCGCGUACCGCGACAACCGCGUCGUGCCGUACGAGGGCGUCGUCGUGGCCGACAUGUCGCCGGCGCAGCAGGACCUCGUCGCCCGCAUCGUCGAGCAGUUCCUGCUGUACCUGCCCGCGCGCGCGAGGGAGCUGCGCAUGGCCCAGGUGCGAGACUGGUUUGCCGAGACGUACUUUUGCUGGAUCGGCGGCUUCGGCGACGACGAUGCCUUCUACUACAGGGUGCAGAGCCCCGUCAUCAUCGUCGAGUUUGACCACCACUCGGGCGUCUUCCUUACCAACCGGGAGCCGGCCAAGUUUCACAUCCAUACGUUGCUGAGGACGCCGAAUGGAGGAGAUUACGGCAUGGCCUUGAGGCCUCUGUUGGAGGGAAUGGAGCAGGAUUUUGUGUGGGACGGAGAGAUUCCCCGUUAG